GAACCGGGACCGAGCGGCUCUGGAUCGGAGAGGACGCCGAGAGAAGCAGCUCCAAGCCCCGCAGCAAACCCCCCCCGACGCCCGGAGGAGCGGAGGAGCGCAGCGGCAUUUACGCACGAUUCAGACCCAGACCAGGAGCGGAGUUGUUGGGACUUGUCUCCGGCGCAGACCCCGGUGAGCAGCGGCAGAAGCACCGGCGAUGCUCGGCUCCGGUUCCCCGGCUCACAAUCCACAGACCGACCCGGAAUAAGACGCGUAAAGUGGGUGUCCCUCUCCCUCCUGCUCUCCCGGCUCGUGGAGCCACGUUCCCCCGCUGAGCGUCGCCUCCCGCCGCGUUAGGUGAACUACUGGAACCCGGAGGAUUAAACACAUUUUAUUGACAUUUAACUGUGUUUCGGCUCUGAAGCGAUUCCUCCAUUGAACCGGCAGAAGUCAGUGACAGCUGCAGCGGAACGGUGCGUACCCACCCGGGUGGACCCUCUCUUUUCCCCGGCCCCUUCUCUCGAGCGGCGUCUCUACGAUUUACGCACGGAUUUGGGUUUUUCGUAUUUGGAAUCGGAGCCUUGGGUUUUUAUCACUGGUCUGUGCGGGGCUUGUUGUGCGGGACGAACACGCAAGGGCUGCGGGAGCAAGGACACGCGUCAACUCCACUCCUGUCCGCGGGUUUCUGGUUCUUUCUGCGGGGAUAAUCAGGCUGAUUUGCGGUCGAACCCUUCCAGGAGCGCGGUGGUUCCUGCCCGUCUCUAUCCGGAGCGCUGAGAACUUUCCUCCCCCGCGUGGAGACCAAACCUCGGCUCCUUCUCCUUUCAUGGCGCGUGGAGCAUCCGCGGAUCGGCCGAGCCUUUGAUCUGCUGCUCGCCAACACGCACGGAACACGUGAGGUUCUCUGAAGACCCACGCACCGAGGUCUCACUCACACACACACGCACGCGCGUUAUCCCCACACUGAGGAGAAACAACGCGCAGAUAUUCAUCUUUUCCAUUGCGCAUUGUCCAACUUGAGACGCCCAGGAGGAGCUGCGCCGGCGCCGCGUGGAGCCGAGCACCUGCACCCGAGGUUUAUUUAACUGGAACAACUGGGAUUUACCGUCCGGCCACUGGGAUCUCUACCAUGUCUGGGGCACGGGAUUUCAGAUGGACCCUCCUCAUCUGUGUGGCGACGCUUUCAUAUGCCCUUGCAGGGAAAAUCUUUCCGACCACCUCGAACGCCUUCCUCAGCUCCUCGGCGAUGACGGCCAGCCCUUCACCCCCCAACAUGUACCUGCCCGCCAACUUCAAGAUGUCCAACGCACAACUGGCGUUCUUCUUACGAGAGGUCCAGACCACAGGACCUUCGGUUGGCGGUGGCGGUGGCGGCAGUAGGAGCAGCAGUGGCCCCAGCGCUGGACACCCACUGCAGCGAGCUGAGAGUUUUGUGGUUUUCCAGACUAAAGACCUCCCUGCCAUCAACAUAACCUUUGGGCCUUACGCCAGAGACCAGGCCCUCACCAAGGAGUUGCUCCAGCCAGCUAGUCCUCUGGAUAUCCCCGGGCAGCUGACGGUCAACUGGAAGGUGCGGGCCUUCAUCGUCCAGGCCCGGGUCUUCUCCAACAACCCCACGGUCCAGGUGUUCUUCUACAUCGCAGGCCGCGACUGGGACGACUUCAAGGCUCAGGACAAGAUGCCCUGCGUCCGUCUGCACGCCUUCCGGGAUGUUCGUGAAAUUAAAACCUCCUGCCGCAUGAAAGGCAACCUGGCCCAGUGCCUGGCGCAGCUGGAUCUGCCUCCGUCCUGGUUUAACACCAACGUGGCCCCACUGGGCAGGAGGAAAGGCUCUGGUGACGGGCUCCUGGACGGGCUCACCAGUGAGACCCUCCAGGCCGAGCUCUACUACACUCUCCACGAGCCCAAUCUGGAAGGGGAGUGCAGUGAGGGUCCAGGUCACAGGGGUGGCGGGGCUUCCAGGGGAGAACCUCUGUCACAGCACCCCCUGCUGCGCAUUGGGAGCAUCAGCCUGUACCAGGCCAGUCAGGAGCAGCUGCUGGUGGACAAGCAGCUGGACAAAAACAUGUUCCUCAGGCUGCCGGAGAAGCCCCUGAAACCCGGAGAGACCCUGAAGAUCUUCCUCUACCUGAUGCCCAACUCCACCGUGGAGCAGUUCAGCCUCAAGGUCAAAGCAAAGAAGGGGGUGAACCUGCUCCAGACCAGGUCCAAGAACGCCCAGUGGAAGGUGGACUGGGAGGUGCAGUCCGGCGCCAAGCACUCCAUCGCCACCAUCGAGGUGAACAAGAACAAAGGAGUCAAACAGGGGGACGUGCUGGGCAACGUGGAGGUGAUGCAGCUGGAUUUCGAGAUGGAGAACUUCACCAGCCUGUCGGUGACGCGGAGGAUCAACUGGAACAUCGACUACAAGGGGCAGAACCCGCCGCCCGACUCGGACAAGGUGGUGACGGAGCUGACGGUGGUGCAGCGGGACAUUCAGGCCAUCAUCCCUCUGGCCAUGGACACUGAGAUCAUCAACACAGCCAUCCUGACCGGACGCACCGUGGCCAUCCCGGUCAAGAUGGUCUCCAUUGAGAUGAACGGAGCCGUCACGGACGUGUCCUCCUCCGUGCAGUGCAAGUCCUCCAACGAAGACAUCGUGAAGGUGUCCAUGAAUUGCGACUACGUGUUCGUCAACGGGAAGGAGACGCGGGGCUCCAUGAACGCCAGGGUCAUCUUCAGCUACGAGCACCUGAGCGCGCCCCUGGAGCUGACGGUGUGGGUGCCCAAGCUGCCGCUGCAGGUGGAGCUGUCCGACAGCAACCUGAGCUUCAUCAAGGGCUGGAGGGUUCCCAUCCUGCCCGACAGAAGGAGCACCAGGGACAGCGACGCGGACGAAGACGAGGACGAGCGGCGGGUGAGCCGCGGCUGCACGCUGCAGUACCAGCGCGCCCUGGUCAAGGUUCUGACCCAGUUCCACACCACCUCCACGGAGGGAACCGACCAGGUCAUCACCAUGCUGGGGCCCGACUGGCAGGUGGACGUCACCGACCUGGUCCAGGACUCCCUGAAGGUGGCCGACCCCAGGAUAGCAGAGCUGGUGGACAGGACCAUCCUGGUGGGCCUGGAGCUGGGAUCCACUGCGCUGAAGGUGGAGUCUCCGCUGGCGGUGGACGCGGUGCUGGGAGAGUCUGCGUUCUCCGUCACCGAUGACAAGGUGUCCAUCACCGAGAUGCGGGUCCACGCCGUCUCGGGCCUGACCCUGUCCCUGCAGCCCAGCCCCGGAAACAGCCACACCAUGGUGGCCAAGGCGACCGGCGUCCAGACGCUCACCGCUCCCAAACAGGAAGCCAGUUUUUCGAUCUGGAUGCUUUUCAGCGACAACACAGCCGCCACGCUGACCUACUUCGAUCCCAAAGACUACAACCUCAACGCCUCCACGCUGGACGACAAGGUGGUGUCCGUGUCCCAGGAGCCUCAGCAGCGCUGGCCCGUGGUGGUGGCGGAGGGCGAGGGAUCCGGCGAGCUGGUGCGCCUGGAGAUGACCAUCUGCGAGGCGUGCCAGAAGACCAAGCGCAAGAGCGUCAUCGCCUCCGCCGGGGUGUACGCGAAGGUCCGGUUCGGCCCGGAGGAAGACUCCGAGGAAGAGGUGACCACAGAGGGAGAGAUCGAGCUGGUGCCCGUCACCAGGCGCACCAUCAUCGACCCCAACAUCAACGGGAGAGUUUAUGAGACGUCCAAUGAGCAGCCUGCCAGUGUUCCCAUCGAUUACACCAACUUCCCCACGAUUAGCAACGAGGAGCAACCGACCGAGAGCGACGAAGAGGAGGAGGAAGAAGACUUCGUGCAUUCACCUCGCAACAUGACCGACCUCGAGAUCGGCAUGUACGCGUUACUGGGAGUCUUCUGCCUGGCCAUCUUGGUCUUCCUCAUCAACUGCAUCGUCUUUGUGCUGAAAUACCGACACAAGCGGAUCCCGCCAGAAGGUCAGGCCAACAUGGACCACUCCCACCACUGGGUGUUCCUGGGAAACGGCCAGCCCCUGAGGGCCCAGUGCGAGCUCUCCCCACAGCAGAUAGAGAGUCCCAGUAACCCUCUGGAGGGCGUACAGACCUGCUGCCACGGGGACCACCACAGCAGCGGCAGCUCCCAGACCAGCGUUCAGAGCCAGGUGCACGGGCGAGGCGACGGCAGCUCCGGAGGCUCCACGAAGGAGACCAGCGAGGACGCCAGCUCACCCACCUCCAAGCGCAAGAGGGUGAAGUUCACCACCUUCACCACCCUGCCCACGGAGGAGCUGCCCUACAACUCCAUCCCCAUCGCGGAUGAGGAGGACAUUCAGUGGGUCUGCCAGGAUAUGGGCUUCCAAGACCCAGAGGAACUGCACGACUACAUGCGCAGAAUAAAGGAGAUAGCCUGAGAGAGGCGGUGCGGUGUGAGGCACCGCUCUCGGCUUUCUACAGAAACCUUACUUUCUAUUUUUCUCUUUUUCACCUGAGUGAAAGGUAAUUUUUCACAAACUAAAAAGGCCAAUUGUUGUUUCGGUUCCGGUCUGUUCCAUUUAGUUUGCACAGUGCUGUGAUCUCAUACACGCUCACACCGGAGAGGACGGAGGACGAAGCCAAAACUUGAAACCACAGGAUCUCCAUCACGAGAGACAACUGUAGAAUUGUGGCUAACGGGAAAUAUGUGUUUCACUGGGGAAGCCGAGCCAGGGCCAGACGUGAGAGCUGCUCCGGGAUCAGUUUGGGAGACGUGGAGGUUUAGUCUGAGCCACGUGUUCGCUGGUUCAUCGGGACUCUGUAGAAACUGAACCGAAGCCAAACCCAGAGGCCUUCGAGGAACAGGAAACUGUCAAAGACUCUCGCGAAAGUUUAAAAAAAUAAUUAAAAAAAAAAUCAUUUCGUUUUUUUUGCCAAAGUAGGAAAAACUUGUUCUCUUGACGGCAAAACUUCUUUGGUUGUUGUUCUCGGUGCAGCACCCUCCUGGUUCGCUCUCAUGUUCAUUCUGUAGGUUUUUCUACAUUUCAUAGGUCGACUCAGACGGUGCCCGGCAACUAGUCCUCCUGGUCCCCCCUCGAAAUCGAAUGCCUUAUCAGAAACAGCU